CUCUUUUUAUAUAACUUCUAAUCAAAUAACUAAACAACUUUUGAAUAGUUGGCUUCGACCUUUUUUUAGGUUUGUUAAUAUAAUGGCUUCGACCUUUCGAGUUUUGUUUCAUUAAUAAAAUACUUAGUACUUUCAGCUACGUUACGUUCAUGCAUAUAUAAUAUAAUUGGUGAGUGAUUGAUAACUGUAUUCGAAAGAAAAUCCGUAAUGUUUGAUUCGUGCAAACAAUUGAUUAAUGGAUUAUAUUCAUGACAGAAAGAGAAAAUCAUAAUACUAUUUUUUUGUAGCACUACUAUUUUUUUCUUUAAUAACUCAAUUGCCACUAUCGUCGCAUAUUGUUGUUGUUAAUUUAAAAGCCAUGAACAGCACUACCUCUUUUUUACACUGCCAAUUUUUUUACACUACCAAUUUGAGUUGCAAACGUAAAAAUAUUAUCGGAUAAACGGUACUUUCUAGGUUUGUAUGUAUGUACGAAUCUUGAAUUAUAUUAUUUUCAUAUAUCAACUGUGAUGUUUCACACGAAAUACCAUAAUAUGGUAUUUUUCAGAUAUUCGUUCUUCCUAUAAAUCACAUAAAAACUAUAAAAAGCAUAUACGUAAAAAAAAAACUAUAAAAAUCGUAUGAAACACACACAUAUUGAUAUAUUAUAAAUAGUAUACAAGGGACUAGAUGAUGCACAUAGACAUAUAUCAUUCUCUCAAAAAUGAUUGUACGUACACCAUAAAUUAUUAAAAGGAAAAAAUAGAUUAUAAAUAAUUAAUAAACUGACAAACUACUUGUAAGCUUGUAGAAUAAAGUCGCUUUCUUGGUUAACUUUUACAUGCAGUAUGAAAUUAAUACAUGUAUUGGCCGACAUUAAACGGUUUUGGUUAAAAAUAAAAGAGAAUAGAAUUGUUGGUGGACAGCUCUUUAGAAGCAUUAAUACUAAAGGAUAAAAUUCCGGAGAGCCCGCUCAACUUUUCCUCCGUCUUCAACGUCCACAAGAAAAAUAUUCAACUACAAUACAACCAAGUGUCACGAGAUUUGUCUAUUUGUAUAGUUUUGCAUCUCAAUUAUUUAGUUCGUUUAUUUUAAAAUGUAUAUAAAAGUAUGAGUUAAAAAAAACAAUAAGAGUAUGUAAAUAUAUUGUUUAUAAUCGUACGUGUUUGCGCGUAUUGUUUUUAAUAUAUAGUAUGCUUUAUGGGAUAUAUAUCAACACUGUUUGUGUUAAAAACUAUAAGAUGCAAAACGGGCGAAGGAUUACAUAUGCAAAUGAUUUGUAUCAAUGUAACCUAUAAUUUAGGGUUUGAGCUAGGUUGAAAUGAUUGAUCAUAUGCUAGGUUACACGUAAACUCGAUCAUUCAUAUGUCGAAGCCUAUGUUACAUUUGCUUCCCAUAAAUAUCAAUCUACCGUAUUUUUCAAAUUCCUAAGAAUAAUGUGUAUAUGUUAAAAAAAUAAAAUUGUAUAUAGUUGAAAUAGUUGACAAAAAAAAGUAUAUAGUUGAAAUAUAAGUAGAUGCUGAAUGUAACAUGUUUAUCUAUUAAAUGGAGCUGGAGUAAUUGCAAAAGUUCUUCAGUUUUGUAAUAUGUUGUUUGAGAGAACAAGAGUACAAUACAUUUUUGAAAGAAAAAUUUUGAAUUUGAUUUUUAUAAUAUGAAAAAUAUUAAUGUUGGAGAGAAGAUCUCGCAUCGGAAAUAUGAAAAUGGACUUAAGUAUAUAUAUAUAAGUGAUUUGGAUCAAUCACCUACUACCAAUUAGUUUUAAGUUGGAACUCCAGUAAACUUAUCAUGGUAUCAAAGCGGACUCACAUCCUCACCAAAAAAAUCCGGUCCGAAAAGUGGUCAGAUCAUCCCACGAAUUGAUGGCCUAAGGAAGGCUCAUAUUCUUCGAGAUAGCUAGAAAAAAAGAGCAUUGCCUCGGAGGGAUAUUAUGGAUUAUGCGAGAUCAAUGGUUAUACACACCAUCGAAAAUAUGUAAGGGACUUAAGUAUUAUAUAAGAAACUUGGCAACUCAACUUACCGUCAAUUGGUUUUAAGUCGGAAUCUCAUUAAACUGAUCAUUUAAUAAUUUCAGUUAAUUAAAACUAGUACAAUCCAAAUAUUAAAUUCGAUUAUUCCAUCAAAAAAAUAUAUUAAAAGUUAUUGUUGAUGUCUCUGUUCAAAAAUCGGAUGCCGAACCUGUUAAAUGCUUCUUAAAUACUAUUCAGUGAAAAGCUGCGGCGAUUUGCUCCAAUUCGCUCAAAAACGAGGAAUUUUAGCAAGAAAACUCAUUUUCUAAACUGUAUGCUUAUAAUAUAUGUUUCUCUGAAAAAACUAUAAGAAUUGUGUUAAGAAUCAAUAAAAACGAUUAAGAACCGCUAGAAUGGAAGUGAAAUGGAAAAAUUAGGGUUUCUGGUUCGACAAGAAGAUGAAGGCAUUCCAAUAAUUUUGCUUUCAUUAAAAAAUAGCAAAACAACGCUUUAUCCAACUCAAACCCACGACAUAUUAUAGCAACACACUAAACCGCUGGACCAUGGUAAUUAAAACCUCGAUAGUUAUACACAGGCCCGGUGUAGCGACCGUGUUCCGAAGAUCGAUGUUAGGAUGAUCUGAGGACUGACUGGCCGAACUGUGAGAACGUACUGAAUGGAUUGGAUGAUGCUAGAAAGAGCUGAUCAGAGUUCGAAGGACUUUCCGUGGGUGGAUGGGAGAACUUGGAUCGGCGCCUGAUUAGUAGCGACUAGAGCGGAACCAUGUACCCGAUUAAAGCUAGGAACGGAUCUGUUUUUGAGCCAAACAAAGCUCCAUCAGUCGGUCUUACGCUCGGGUUAUUGGACAGGCCGUUCGGUUUGUUGAAACUCAGGAUGUUCGGACAACUCGAUGAAAAUCCAGACAAUGCGGAAUGUUCGGACAGCGAUGGUCGGAUCCGGACAAGUGUUGUUGGAUUCGGACAAGACGGUUGAACUGGUCGGCUAGACAGUGAUUGUCGGAAAUCAUACAAGACGGUUAAGACUGUCGGCUAAGCUGUGAUGAGCUGAUUUAGUAGUAUCAGUCUGAUUCGGACAAGGCGGUUAGAGUUGUCGACUGGAUCAGUCAGCUCUAGCUCGAGUUUUGUCUAAGUAAAACUGGCGGGAACAGUUAAAGUCCGAAAAAAGGAAAAACUCGCGCUGGAACGCUUUGGAGCGCGGGGUGGCGGUUAUGGAUUAAGAGCCGCGUGUGAAAUAAGCGGGAAUGGUUAACUUGGCAGUUUCUCGGGCCUAAACCGCCCAACUGCCCAUUUUAAUCGUCUCCUUUGUCUUAUUCCACCAUUUUUCUGUACGAAAACGGAGGAAAGAACCAGAGAGAAAAGUCCGAUUAAGAGAGAACUUUCGAUAUUUGGCUGGAUUGAUCAAGUCCGAGUCAAGAACGAUCAUCUGUAGGGUGAAUCUGACUGUCUGAAAGUUCGAAGAUCCGACUAAAACCGCUCAAGAAGUGCCAGAAAAGACCGAAUCAAAUAGAACAAACCGACUCUAAGACAAAGGUGAGUGCGUGACCGUAGCCUAUCGUACUGAAUCGUAGUCUGAUUGAUAGGAAUGUUCUAUGUACUGAUUGCUUGUCUAAUUCGAAUUAUCUGCUAAGUUCUGGCUUGGUCCGAACAGUCGGUUCCUUCCAUCGACGCAUCUGGAUCAGAUCAUGCGCCUAGAGCCGUAUUGGCAUGCUAGGGCUUGACUGAAUCUGUUGGCGCUUUGGCUUGGAACGAUUGGGUCGGCUAAGUAACUGACUGAUGAUAAGCAUGUCCGUUUAUUGACUGAUUGACUCGAUUGCUUUACUUGGCUGAGUGGGACGGAAUGACCGCUCUCACUAAGCAUAUUGUUGCUUAUGCCUCCUUGUUUGGAUGCAGAUCAGGACCAGACCCGAAAGGGUAAAGACAUAGCUUGAACGCGAGACAAUGGCAGGAAGGAAGGAUGGUGGGUUUGGGUAGAUAUAGGACGAGAUUAACAUGUAAUAGCCUAUAGCAAACUGACUUGUUAACUCGAACCUCAGAUUAUUUAUUCAAAUCGUAUUAUGCUUUACUUGACUGUUUGAAAAAGAACUAACAUUCUGAAAUAAUUCUAAGUAAGGAAAAAUAUGAAAACGGCCCAAGUCUGAUCGAGGAAGUCGAGCCAGACUCGUACUGAUGUUACGAAAAAAUGGGUCAGGUCCUUUCAAGUGGUAUCAGAGCGGAGUCGAGUUCUAGGACAAUCUAAGUAUAGUGGGUUAUUGGGGCAAACCAUCCUUCCAAGCCUGACGUCUCGCGGUAAAUUCUGUGUUCCGAGUCCUAAUCCCAAGUUAGUUUUGACUAACUUGCCUGUGAUCUAGUUGCAGAUGGCAAAAAGUAACCGUAACACAAGAAGGACUGUGAAUGAGACCGCUGAGGGGUCUGCGAGCAACGCGGCCAGGAAUGAAGCUGGUAUGGAAGAGGCUCGGAAUGCUGCUCAGAAUGCAGCGAAUUUGAACAAUGCUGCAGCGGCUGGUGCUGCUGCUGGAGCUGAUGCUGCUCCGGUGGGAUUGGAAGCCGUUUUGGCUAUUUUGGCGCAAGUCUUGGCAAGAUUGCCUGCUGCGGCGGCACCUCCAGUGGCUCCACCUGUUGCGGAGGAAGUGGAGAACGUGGCGCCUGAUGGAGAAGAGGCACACGUUGUUAGGAAUCCGUCUUACCUCAAGGUUAUGGACCACAUGCAGAAACUGGGAACAAAGUUCUUUUCGGGUGGUUCCAAACCAAAGGAAGCAGAUCAAUGGAUUGACAGGAUAGGGCGGAACUUUAAGUCGUUCUGUUGUCCUCUUGCUUACAAGAAGGACAUUUUUGUCCACUACUUGGACGGUGAUGCGCACCUCUGGUGGCGAGGUGUAGCGGCUCGGAUUGGUGCAGAGCAUUGCACGUGGGCCAACUUUAAGACCGAAUUCCGUGGGAAGUAUUUUCCGCCGGAAGCAUUUGACCAGCCCGAAGGAGCUUUUCUCAGACUGGAACAGGGAACUAUGACUAUAAGGGAGUAUGAAGCGGAAUUCAACAGCCUCAAGAAGUAUACUGGGCGUGAGGCCGAGUCGGAAAUCUCCUUGGUCCGCAAAUUCUUGCGCGGACUCAGGGUUGAUCUCCGAACGCGUUGUAAAAUCCGGAACUAUGAUACUGUUGCCGAACUGGUGGAAAAGGCCGCAGAACAGGAAGCUAGAAUCAGUGAGGAAGCCAAGGUGUUUGGCACAGUGGCGCAUGUCCAUCCUGGUAAGCAUGCGGGAAAGAAUCAAAAGCCAGUGAAGGCUGGCUCUUUCGGCAAGCCGAAUGCAAUAGGUCGCAGUGCGUGUUCGACUUGCGGGAAGAUGCACUCUGGUGUCUGCCGUGCUGCUACGGGAGCUUGUCACCGUUGCGGAAGUAUGGAUCACAAGGUGCGUGAUUGCCCUGAGGAAGAUCUAAGGCCGAAGAGCCAUAACAAGGGCGCUGGGGAACGUGUGUGCUACAACUGCGGCGAAACGGGGCACUACAAGAAUCAGUGUCUGAAGGAUGCGCAAUCUGCUGGGAAGCGUCCGAAUGAUGAGCCUCAGCCGGCGGCAAAGAGGCAGGCCAUCAUGCCCCGGGUGUACACAAUCGGUGAUGAGUCAAUGGACCCAAGCACGUCUCGUCCGAUCACUGGUGAGUCAUCCUAUCUCUCACCUUUGCCUUAAGAAUUUCUGUGUGAAAUUGCUUGCUUGUAGAGUACGUCCUUAGUGUUCCGAGUGAAUAUGUAGGGACCUUAGUCAUGGGUGGAGUGGCAACCCAUGUUCUGUUUGAUUCAUGUGCAUCUCACUGCUUUGUGCAACCCGAGAUGAUUGGAAUUGGGGAAUUCCAGAAAGAACCAGAAGAAGAAGUAAGAGUGGUUCGGGCAGCUGGUGGGCAGAUCAUGUACACUUCAGGGAAAAUCCGAAACAUCUCUGUGAUGAUCGGAGGAGUGAACAUGCCAGCCGACUUGGUCGUUUGCCCAGUGAAAUCAUACGAUGUGAUCCUUGGAAUGGAUUGGCUGAGUAAAUACAAGGCACAUCUUGAUUAUCAUCGUGGUUGAGUUCAGUUUGAGAUAGGCAAUGGGAAGCUUUUCUAUCAAGGGGUCAGACCGACCAAUAGGAGUCUGAUCAUUUCAGCACUUCAAGCAGAAAGAAUGCUGGAAAAAGGAUGUGAGGCUUAUCUGGCUUCAAUCACAACUGUGGAAGUCGGACCUGAUACUGAGUUGGAAGGGAUUCUGAUUGUAAAGGAGUAUGAUGACGUGUUCGAAUCCUUGAUAGGAUUACCACCAGACCCCUUUCACUAUUGAGCUUGAGCCGGGCACAAAGCCAAUCUCAAAAGCUCCG